AUGCUGGCGAGGCGCGCCGCAGGGCUGCUGCCCGGGCUGGGCCGCUGCGUGGAUGCGACGGUUGUAGGUGGCGCCGCGUGUCUGUUGCGCGAGAUGCCGGCGGCGUCCGCGGGAGCCGCGGAGGAGGGCCGGGAACUGGGGAGGUUGCACACACGGCGCUUCUGCGCGAGUCCCCCGGGGGCGUCUGUGGCGGGGUCUGUGUUCCACCGGAGACCGUUCGCUUCUUACAUGCCGCUGGGCGCCCGAACGGCGAGCUCUGGCGGUCCGUGCCCGCCUCCGUCGCCAACAGCACCGCUGUCAAUCGAGGACCUGUACCAGAAAGUGUACGUCGAGAGCGGAGAGGACUGCUCGCUAUCCGUCGAGGACUUCUACUCCCUGUGCCGGUACCACCACGUGGAGAAUCCGACCGCGGCCCUGCACGCCCUGGAGAGGGAGGCCAAGGUCUUCCGCUACAGCGGGACGCUCUAUACGAGCCCGCGCGCCGUCGCCGACCUCGUGUACCAGGUGAUGCCGGAGCCGCGCGUCACAGAGGACCAACUGCGCCAAGAAAUAGCGCACAUCCGCGAGCAGCUCGACCCCCUGGAGGCCACGCUCCAACAGGCGAACCGCUCGGCCGCCGUCAAGUCCCAGUUCGCGAUGUACGGCACAUUGGGGUUCCUUGUCUUCCAGCUCGUCGCUUUCAUUCGACUGACGUACUACGAGCUGUCCUGGGACAUCAUGGAGCCGACGGCGUACUUCGUGCAGAUCGCCGGGUCCGUCGCCGCCGCCGUGUACUUCAUGGCCGCGGGCCACGACCACGGUUACGAGAGCAUGGAGCGCGUGCUGACGCGACGAUUCACGCGCAAGGCGCUCGAACGGGCGAAGUUCGACGAGGAGCUGCACCAGGAGCUGGUCGAUCGCCUCGACCGCGCCGAGGACCGCCUGCGCCUCGUCCGCAGCCUCGCACAGUCCGCGAAGGCUGCCGGUGCUGCUGGGUGA